CCGGCGACGACAUCAUGGCCGGCCGAAAGCGGUCGCGAGACCCGGACGACGUUGACGGUGACAGCGAAAUCGAGAUCGAAAGUGCCACUUCUUCGUUCCGCCAGAAUGACGCGAACCACAAGCGAACAAAAGUCGCCAUGGCGCAGGCCAUGGGCAGCUCGGUCGUUUCGGAGGAGGAGGAGGACGAUUACGAAGAGGUGUUGAUGGCUGGUUCAGACGAUCCUGGCGACGGAGAAUCGGACAUCGAUUAUACCCUCCGGCAAGACUCGAGCGAUAACGAACAGGAAGAUGACGAGGUCGACGAGAUCAAAGCCACGCAAUUCGUCGAGAAAAAGCUACGCGAGCACAAGGAGAACGUGCCUGCCGAGUCGGGCGUUAUCGAAAUGGUGUACAUGCGCAACUUCAUGUGCCAUUCGAACCUGACCAUUGAGCUUGGCCCGCUCAUCAACUUCAUCAUUGGCCACAAUGGCAGUGGAAAGAGUGCGGUUCUUACUGCUCUGCAGAUCAGCCUGGGAAACAAGGCUUCAGGCACAAACCGCGCCAAGUCGCUCAAGGACAUGAUCAAGGCUGGCACGGACAGCGGCAUGGUCGGAGUGAAGAUAAAGAACCAAGGCGAGAAUGCGUACAAGCCGGAGCUGUACGGCGAAACGCUCACUGUGGAGCGUCACUUUACAAAAAGUGGCUCGACGACAUUCAAAUUGAAGAGCACGGAGGGCAGGAUUAUCACCACGAAGAAAGGAGACCUAGAUGAUGUUCUAGAUCAUUUUGCGCUGCAAAUGGACAACCCGAUCAACGUGCUGACUCAGGACCUUGCCCGAGCAUUUCUGGCGGGAAGCACGCCGGCUGAGAAGUAUCGCUUCUUCAUCAAGGGUACUCAACUGGAGACUCUGGAUGGCGAUUACAACAUCCUGGAAGAACAUUUGGACGGCACGGAAGCGCAGCUGUUGACGCGCGAGGAGAUGAUCGCAGAACUCCGUCAAAAAGAGGUCGAGGCUGCUGGUAGGGUGAAGCGGGCAGAAAGGGCCAGGACGCUGGAGGACAAAUGGCACCAUGUCGCUCGCCAACAUGCUUGGGCACAAGUUGGUGAUGCUGAGGCGACAUUAGAGCACUAUGAAUCCAACGUAAAUAAGGCAAGGGAACAGCUGGAACACCAUGAACAGAUCGCCGAAGAAGCCGGUGUCCGAUUUGAUUCUGAGGACACUGCUGUGGAGGCUGCGAAGCGUGGUGUUGAAGCACAUCAAGAGGCCCUCCGCCCGUUGACAGAUGCACAUGCUGCUGCGAAUGAAAAAUUCACGGCCAACAAGGCUGAGCUGAUGAAACUGGUGGCAGAAGAAAGGACUAUCAAGGAGAAUAUCAAGGCCCACAAGAAGGAGAUCAACCGUUUGGAUGCGGAACUUGGCGAAGAACGACAGAGACUUGCUGAAGCUCACGGAGACGCGCAUCAACAGCGCCUGGCGAAGCUUGACGAGCUGAAAGAGGCGGCAAAACAGGCAAAGCAAGCGCUCGAUGCUCACAAAGCAAAAUUACCCGAUCUCACACAAGCAGUCAAAGCUGCCCAAGAAGCUUUGCAGCACGCUGAUGCGCCAGUCAAAGCUGCAGAGCAGGAGGAGGCCAGAAGGCGCACAGCUCGCGAUCAAGUCACCCAACAGCAAACACGCAAAUGGGCUCCCUACCAUCCUAAGAUGGAAGCGCUAUGUCACGCUAUCGAUCGGGAGACUAGAUUCCGAACGAAACCUGUUGGACCAAUGGGCUUGCAUGUGCAGCUCAUAAAACCUCAAUGGGGCUCACUCAUCGAGAAGACUUUCGGUAAUAGCCUGGAUUCGUUCGUCGUGACAAGCAAGUACGAUCAGGAGCUUUUGCAGUCCUUGUCCAACCGGGUAGGGUGUCCUGCCAACUCGAUCAUCAUGGCUCGCGGCGCGUUCGAUACUGCUGGUCACGAGCCGGAAGAUGACAGCGACACCAUUCUCCGCGUGCUGCGAAUCGACGACCCUAUCGUAAAGCAAGCACUCGUGAUCAACCACGGCUGUGAACAAACGGUUCUGAUCGAAGACAUCGAUGCUGGCAAAUCCUACAUGUUUGACAGCGGGCGUCGGAAGAACGUCCGGGCUGUCCUCACUAUGGCGCGUAGAGCCGGAGACGGCCAAAGAUGGGAGUGGUCUCGCGCUGGCGAGCAAAAAGCGUCCGGCGUGCAAGGCUGGAACGGCCGUACGAGGAUGGUAACCGACCGGCAACAAGAAAUCGAGCUUCGCCAAAAGGAACACCAAACCGCUCAGCAGGCCCUUGAACAUGCCAGACAAGAUCGUAAAGCUGCGCAGCUGGCCCUUAAUCAGGCGAAACAAGCCGUGGAGAAGCACAAGCGCGAGGUCAAUGCUCUCAACAUCCGGCACCAAGAGGCCGAUGACGACGUCGACGGGCUGCAGAACGAGAUCGACGCAAACAUUCCUCAGGACGGCCGCCUUCAAGAGCUGGAAAACCAGCUCCGUGAAGUCAAGGCUGAGCUUGAGGGUGCCAAGGCCGCGAUGGAAGAUGCAAUGGGGGCCCGAGCCAAUCUGAAUGACAAGGGUCGAGAGUUCAAAGACGCCGUUGAUGAAGCACAGGAAGCUCUCGACAAAGAGCAAGUUCUGAUACAGCGCGCCGAGCAACGUCUGCAGAAGUGCGAGGAUGAUCGCAGAGAAGCUCUUUACGCCAAAAAUGCAGCUUUGGACGAUGUCAACAGGUACAAAGAACAUCUUGAGCGAACACAGCAGAAAGUGCUGGAUCAGAAAGCUGUCGUGGACGACUGGACAUCGGAAGCGCGUCAGACUAGCGAAAGAGUCGGUAUCGAAGAUGGACAGACCAUCGAAUCACUUGGACAGCAGCUCAGCCGACUGCAGGAGGACAUCAAGAAAGCGCAGCGACAGCAGGGAGGAAGCCGCGAGGAACUGGUCGCCGCUCAUCUCAAGGCUCACAACGCGCUGACCGAAGCCAAGAACGAGACUAAGAUGAUGAAACAGACCGCGGACACACUCAAAUCCACCCUGACCGAACGCCGCCGACGUUGGGGACUUUUCCGCAAGUACAUCUCGAUGCGGACUCGAAUUCAAUUCAAUUACCUUCUCUCCGAGCGCAACUUCCGCGGACGCGUACUGCUCGAUCACGCCGAGAAAAAGCUGGACAUCCACGUCGAGCCCGACAUGACCAAGGCUUCGGAUUCUGGACGGCAAGCCAAGACCCUCAGUGGUGGCGAGAAGUCUUUCUCGACCAUCUGUCUAUUGCUCAGUAUCUGGGAAGCCAUGGGAUCGCCGAUUCGAUGCCUGGACGAAUUCGAUGUCUACAUGGACAGCGUCAAUCGUGCUCAGAGCAUGGGUCUCAUGAUCCAGACCGCGCGACGCUCGGUUGGACGGCAGUUCAUCCUCAUCACGCCACAGAGCAUGAGCAACGUUGAUCUGGGCGAUGAUGUGCACGUUCACAAAAUGGCUGAUCCGGAACGUCGCCGCGAGCCGGGACAAACUGCGCUCAAUUUUGGCGCGGCUUGAGGGAAUACUUCUUGACGAACUUGAUGCCCGCUUCUCUUCGAUUCAUGACAUGAUACCACUUUUAGUAUGGGAUGUUGUACAAACUUUGAUGCGAUGCCUGCGAGGCCGCUGUUGA